CCCGAGUCUAAAAUACUCUUCUGAUAAAUGGUCAGGUGAAGGAAUCUUUUGUUAAAUCCGCGUCUUGAUAAUUGAUCAGGAUUGAACCAAAAACAGCAUCAACAUUCACUUGAAGCAAUAUUGAUUCACAAAGAACAGUAGAAAAUGAAAAGUGGAUCAUAAAUUUAGCUUUAUUACCUGCAGCCUUUUGAAACACACAUGACGUUGGCCUCAAAAGCAGUUAGUGUGUAGUUUGUUAAUAAUGAUGAAAACAUUCACUAAAAGCAGUUGAGUCAAAAAUAACCCAAAUUGUAUUAAAAGGGACAGACCCAACUUGAUAGAUGUUAUACUUGACCUCUUUAUGCAAACAUGAAACAUUUACAUCAUGCAUUAUUGCAGGAACCUUCCCUCUACACAGUGAAAGCUCUUUUCAUUCUUGACAAUGAUGGCAACAGACUUCUCUCAAAGUAUUAUGACCCUGAGCUUUACCCCUCCAUGAAGGAGCAAAGGAACUUUGAGAAGAAUAUUUUCAACAAGACUCACAAAGCAGACAAUGAAAUAGCUUUCCUGGAAGGAUUGACUAUCGUCUAUAAAAGCAGCAUAGACCUUUUUCUCUAUGUUGUCGGAAGCUGUCAAGAGAAUGAGUUGAUGCUGAUGUCUGUACUCAACUGCCUAUUUGACUGCCUUAGUCAAAUCCUGCGGAAAAAUGUGGAGCGUAGGUGUUUCCUUGAGAACAUGGAAGGAGCCUUUCUCAUUGUUGAUGAAAUUGUUGAUGGAGGAGUGAUCCUGGAAAGUGAUGCACAACAAGUCCUCCAAAAGGUCAAUUAUAAAGUUGAUGAAGGUACAUUAUCUGAACAAAGCGUAGCACAGGUUCUGCAGUCGGCCAAGGAGCAGAUCAAAUGGUCCUUACUGAAAUAACAGCGAUGUCAAGCUAUGUCAAGGCAGUUUCAAUUACCCCAUCGUUUAGUGACCAUUUUAAUUGUUUAGAUUUUGAAGGUCUAUGAAUAACUUGAAACUGACAAGACUGCAGCUUGGGCAAGUCACAAUAGAUGUGUUUACUGAUGUAAAAAUAAGGCAUACAUAAAAAUGGAACGCUAUGUGGUAAUGGAGGUGGUUGUGUUGUGUUCUGGGGCUGGUUUGUUACAUUUGGCACGGUGUCUGCGCAGGGUGUGAUGAAAUCUCAAGACUGUCUAAGCACUGGCCGAUAAGUAGGCUGAAAAAGUGCUGUAGUCUCAUUGAGUUACAGAAAUUGAUUAGUGAUUUCAUCAAAGGAUCGUGCAACCAAAUAUUAAGUGAAGAGAAUUAUAUUUUUGUAAAAGUAUUUUUAUGCCUUUGGCCUGCAAAUAUAAAACAAUGCCUUAUUUUUAUUAGUAAAUAAUCAAUAUUUUUUAGAUAUAUUUAUUACUUUUGUCUGUUUCAAGUUAUGUCAGAGACUAAUGUUGGUUGUUGUUUUUUACAGAAAUGUAAAUUUCAUGAAAAAAUAUUUGCAUAUUUUAAUUGUUUAUUCCUGUAAAGAAAUUUUCAAAUAUUGUUACAAAAAGGUCAAUGAUUGAAAUCAUUAAAGAAAUGUUUUUAAAAUAUGUGUAAUACAAAAGGUUUUAAUACAAUA